AUGGGCGACUUGUGUCACUUACUGAUUCGGCAACUUCCGAGGCCAGACGGGCCGCCAGCGCCAGCAGCAGCAGACGAGCGGAUACUUCAUAAGGCUCACCUCGUGCACAAGACAUCGAUAUUCUACACGGAUCGCGUCAAGAUGUCGCUUGACUUCAAGGACCGAACCAUCAUCAUCACAGGCUCCGGAGGAGGGCUCGGCGGUGCAUAUGCCACUUUCUUCGCCUCGCGAGGCGCAAAGGUGCUCGUCAAUGACAUGAACAAGGAAGCCGCCGACAAGAAGGUCAAGGAGAUCACCGACGCGGGUGGCCAGGCCAUCGCAAACUAUGAUUCCGUCACCUCGGGCAACAAGCUCGUCGACCAGAUCGUCUCCAAAUGGGGCAAGAUCGACAUCAUCAUCAACAACGCCGGCAUCCUGCGCGACAAGUCCUUCGCCUCCAUGACCGACAAGGAGUGGGACAUCAUUCACGACGUGCACGUCAAAGGCCCUUACUCGGUGACACAUGCCGCAUGGCCACACAUGCGCAAGGCAAAAUACGGCCGCAUCGUCAACACCGCGUCUGCUGCGGGCAUCUACGGAAACUUUGGCCAGGCCAAUUAUUCUUCUGCUAAACUAUCACAGAAUGGCUUCUCGAAGACGCUCAGCAGGGAAGGUGCCAAGUACAACAUCAUCGCCAACACGAUUGCGCCCGUUGCUGCUUCGCAGAUGACCGCUACUGUCAUGCCGCCCGACAUGCUCGAGCAACUGCAGCCCGAAAAGGUCGUUCCGCUCGUCGCUUACCUCGUGCACGAAUCCAACCAAGAAGGCGGUCUACUUUUCGAAGCUGGCGCCGGCUGGUACGGCAAGGUCCGCUGGGAGCGUUCCAAAGGCGUCGUUUUCAAGCCAGACGAAACUUUCACGCCCUCGGCUGUUGCUGCGCGAUGGGACGACGUCAACGACUUUGAGGGCGCAGAGUAUCCAGAGAGCAUCACGGACGCCAACUACCUUGGAUUCCUAGAGGAAGCCAAAAAGAUCAAGGACAAUAAGCAGGAAGGCAAUAUCGAAUUCAAGGACAAGGUUGCCGUCGUCACUGGUGCCGGCAACGGUCUCGGUAAGGCCUAUGCGCUCAUGUAUGCUCGUCUUGGCGCGAGCGUCAUCGUCAAUGACGUCAGCAAGGACGUUGCACAAAAGGUCGUCGAUGAGAUCAAGAAGGCGGGCGGUAAGGCAGCCAUCAGCACCGCUUCUGUCGAGAACGGGGCGGAAAUCGUUCAGACUGCCGUCGACACCUUUGGUGGACUGCACAUCCUCGUCAACAACGCGGGCAUCCUGCGGGACAAGUCAUUCGCUUCACUGACCGAUGACGAGUGGGACCUCGUCUACAAGAUCCACGUCCGAGGUACAUAUGCGACGUCACACGCCGCAUGGCCGAUCUUCAGGAAGCAGAAAUACGGGCGCAUUGUCAAUACAGCCUCUGCAGUUGGUCUCUAUGGCAAUUUCGGCCAAGCGAACUACUCGACCGCCAAAUCUGCGAUCAUCGGACUGAGCAAGACUCUUGCCAUCGAAGGCAAGAAGUACAAUAUUUACGUUAACACGAUUGCACCCAAUGCUGGCACAGCCAUGACUGCGACAAUCUGGCCGGAAGAGAUGGUCCAGGCCUUCAAACCCGAUUUCGUCGCCCCCGUCGUUGGCUACCUCACCUCCGAGGCGUCAGAAACCACCAUGGGCAUCUUUGAGGUCUCUGGAGGCUGGUGUGCUUCGGUCAGAUGGCAGCGCACUGCGGGACAUGCAUUCAGUGUCAAGAAAGAGGUCAAGCCGGAAGACAUCAAGUCAAAGUGGGAAAAGAUCUGCAAGUUUGACGAGAACGCAACAAACCCGAACUCGACCGCCGAAUCGCUCGAAUCGAUCAUCUCCAACUUUGGCAAUGACGAAGACGACGAUGAAGACGCUUCAAGUUCGGAUGCAAGUGGGGGAGAUGACUUUGCCAGUCGCACUUUUGAUGACUCAGACGAUCCUGACCUCGUCAAGGAAGCCAAAAAGCAGACGAAUGAGCCGGUCGAAUAUAGCUAUGACGAGAGGGAUGUAAUCUUGUAUAACCUCGGCAUUGGCGCGACGGAACAGCAGCUCAAGUAUACCUUUGAAAAUGACGACGAAUUCCAAGUCCUGCCCACGUUCGGCGUCAUUCCUCAAUUCCAUGCAUCCGGCAGCGUCGGCCUGGACUGGUUGCCCAACUUCAGUCCGAUGAUGCUCUUGCACGGCGAGCAGUACCUUGCCAUCAAGGGACCAAUCCCGACGAGCGGCACACUCGUCAGCCGCGCCAAGUUGCUCGAAGUGCUCGACAAGGGUAAGGCAGCUGCGGUCACCUCGAUCGUCGAGACUGUCAACAAGGACUCGGGCGAAGUCGUGUUUGAGAAUCAGAGCACUGUCUUCAUUCGAGGCUCGGGAGGUUUUGGUGGUAAGAAGACAGGCAAGGACCGUGGCGAGGCGUCUGCGGUCAACAAGCCACCGAGUCGCAAGCCGGAUUGUGUCGUCGAGGAGCAGACACUCGAGCGACAGGCCGCCAUCUACCGAUUGUCUGGCGAUUGGAAUCCGCUGCACAUCGACCCCAGCUUUGCCGCCGUCGGUGGCUUCAAGGCGCCCAUCCUGCACGGUCUUGCGUCGUUCGGCAUCUCAGGCAAACACGUGUUUGAGAAGUAUGGCGCGUUCAAGAGCAUCAAGGUUCGCUUCGCGGGCGUUGUCUACCCAGGUCAGACGCUAGUCACCGAGAUGUGGAAAGAAGGCAACAAGGUCAUCUUCCAAUCAAAGGUCAAAGAGACGGGCGAACCCUCGAUAAGCAAUGCUGCAGUGAUUCUGCAAGAUUAG